AUGUUGUCUGCGAGUGAUCCAAUUGAAUCGUUUUUCAAUUCGAUUCAGCUGGUUAAGGAAAGGCUGUCGCCACUCGAAUUGGGCAUUCGAAAAGCGGCCAAGGACUUCGAGUGUUGCUGGGCAGGGCAUAAGAAUGAGGUAAACGCUGCUGAAUUUAUUACUCAAUUCAGUGGUGGUGAUAACAAUGGUAAAGUUAAGAUCUUUGGGGGAAAGAAGAAAGCUGGUGAGUGUGUCGCAGUUGGUGAGGAGAGAAAGAGAAUGUUGGUUAAGGUUCCGAUAAAAGCGUUAUUUGGGAAGUUUUCGCCAAAUUCGGGGAAUGGAAAUCGACCUGAGGUGUCGGAUAGUGGGUUGAGAGAGAAGGAUUGUGACAAGGAGGAUGGGUCUUGUGUGAACUGCAUGCAGUUUGCCGUCACUUGGUCUGUGUUAGUUAAUAGUUUUGUUCAGGCAUUUCCAGGUCCGUUCAAAUUGGGUAAGAAGCGGCUCCAGAAAAUGAGCAACGACGACAAAGUGUGUUCUUGUAAAAAGCCAAAGGUUUCGGGUGACUUGAAACAGAGGGAGUCUAAGGAACAGAGUGUUAAAAUGAUUCAGAAUGAAGCCGUGUCACAUAAAGAAGGAAAACAUGUAUCACUAGAAUGCCUUAUUGGUUUUGUUUUUGAUCAACUUACCCAGAAUCUUCUGAGGUUUGAUCAGGGUGUUCAAGAGAGUGAUUGUAAUAUUUGUGACACUUCCAGAGAGCCGCCUUCUUCCUCUCAAAAUGAUCAUUUCAGGGUGAUCACUGGUUUGUUUGAAGGUCAAAAAGCAGAUGUAAAUGGGUUGUGGGGAAACUUGAAGUUUGCUAGAGUUGGAGGAGUGCCAUCAGGCGUUGUUGGAGUAUCCUCUUCAGUUAAUGAAGAAGGUGAUGAGGAUGUUACUGCAAGUAACCGGGCAGAAUCAGCUGGCAAUUCACCACAGAAGCUUGCUAGUGAUUUACUUAGUAUUCCACUAUCAAAUGUAGAGCGUUUGAGAUCCACGUUAUCCACCGUUUCAUUGGCCGAACUAAUUGAACUUGUGCCUCAGCUGGGGAGACCUGCCAAAGACUAUCCUGACAAGAAGAAGCUAUUCUCCGUCCAAGAUUUCUUUAGAUACACAGAGUCUGAAGGAAGGAGAUUCUUUGAAGAACUGGAUAGAGACAGUGAUGGGCAAGUCACUCUGGAAGAUCUCGAAAUUGCAAUACGAAAGAGAAAAUUGCCACGGAGAUAUGCUCAUGAGUUUAUGCGUCGUACUAGAAGUCACAUAUUUUCAAAAUCAUUUGGUUGGAAACAGUUUUUAUCCUUCAUGGAGCAGAAGGAACCAACCAUUCUGCGAGCAUAUACCUCUCUAUGCCUGAGCAAGUCUGGAACACUGCAGAAAAGCGAAGUAUUGGCCUCACUUAAAAAUGCAGGACUUCCAGCUAAUGAAGAUAAUGCUGUUGCUAUGAUGCGAUUUCUCAAUGCUGAUACAGAAGGAUCUAUUUCAUAUGGACAUUUUAGGAAUUUUAUGCUCUUACUCCCUUCUGACCGACUUCAAGAUGAUCCUCGGAGUAUCUGGUUUGAAGCUGCAACCGUUGUUGCUGUUGCACCACCAGUGGAAAUACCUGCUGGAAGCGUACUAAGAUCUGCAUUGGCAGGGGGCCUUGCUUGUGCUCUAUCUACUUCUUUAAUGCACCCAGUUGAUACAAUUAAGACUCGAGUACAAGCAUCAACAUUAUCGUUCCCCGAAAUUAUUUCAAAGCUUCCGCAGAUUGGAGUGCGGGGAUUAUACAGGGGCUCAAUUCCUGCAAUUCUUGGACAGUUUUCAAGUCAUGGCCUGCGAACUGGGAUUUUUGAGGCAAGUAAACUUGUGUUGAUAAAUGUUUCUCCUACGCUCCCAGAUAUACAGGUUCAAUCUCUAGCAUCAUUCUGUAGUACAUUUUUGGGAACAGCAGUGCGAAUUCCUUGUGAGGUGUUAAAGCAGCGGUGUCAGGCUGGCCUUUUUGACAAUGUUGGGGAGGCUCUUGUGGGCACUUGGAACCAAGAUGGUCUUAAGGGUUUCUUUCGUGGGACUGGUGCAACUCUUUGCCGUGAAGUUCCAUUUUAUGUCGCUGGCAUGGGGCUGUAUGCUGAAUCAAAAAAGGCUGCCCAGCAAUUUUUGGGGCGGGAUUUGGAACCUUGGGAAACAAUUGCAGUUGGGGCUUUAUCUGGCGGGUUAGCAGCCGUUGUCACCACUCCCUUUGAUGUGAUGAAAACAAGAAUGAUGACCGCUCCACAGGGUCGACCUGUAUCAAUGUCAAUAGUGGCCAUCUCUAUUCUACGCCACGAGGGACCGCUUGGCUUAUUCAAAGGAGCGCUACCAAGGUUCUUUUGGAUUGCUCCGUUGGGUGCCAUGAACUUUGCUGGCUAUGAGCUUGCUAGGAAGGCGAUGGACAAAAACGAGGACAUAAACAGCGAGCAGCUCCAACAAAAGAAGGUGGUCGGUAGUGGAUAAGCGCUUUUUUCUUUGAAGUAAUGAGAUUACUAUCAACCGAUUCAUCUCCCAGUUAUUUGAAAUUAAAGCAAUUAUAUGCUGCCGGAAAAUUUUGACAUUCUUUCCGAAUUUACUAGCAGCAUUUGCUUGAAAUUUCCAUCAGUCGACAUACCUACCUUCUCGUUUUUGGGGUCAGAAAUUGUAAUUCCUCUGGUUGUCUUUUGAACUUUUCUGGUCUUCCGGCGAUGACCGUGAAAGUACCGAUGACGUUAUUCUGUACUUAAUGGAUUAUUCACAGUUUUGUACGA